AUGCAUGUUAUCCAGAGCGCCCAUCAGCUUUACUCCAUCCUGAGCGACCCCUCCUACCACAUCAGUGCUAUCAGGAUCUGUUCCGAAGACGUCAUGGAAGUGGUCACCACCCGAGACGACGAAGAGGUGGAACGAAGCUUGAAGACUAAUUUAUGUAUUGUUAUUUUCACACCAGCUCAUGCCAGAUACUCAAAACAUUACAACAGCGAGUGUUGUAUUAUGUCACGGAUUCGGUCAUAUAUAAAUGGCGCCCAGGGCAGGUAGAAAUUCCCUUAGGUGUGUUUUUGGGAGAAUUCACCGACGAAGUAGAAGGUGACCCCAUCAUAGAAUUUGCCAGUGGGGGUGCGAAAAACUAUGGGUAUGAAACCAGGGGAGGGAAAGUAGAAUGUAGAGUUAGGGGAUUUUCACUGAAUUACAAGAACAAACAAAUUUUGAAUUUUUAUACCCUCCGCGAUAACAUUUUGAAAGAA